UUCUGCAAAACUCCCAUUUCUUGAUUUUUCACUGUCAGUCCACUUCAAAGGCUCAACAAAUUUGAGAGAAGAUGACAACUUUGUCAUAUUUUUUCAUUAUAUUCUUCUUCUUGUUAAGUUGUUUGAGUCCAAGAAGAGUGAACUCUCUGUCUUCUGAUGGAACAGCUUUGCUCUCUCUUCUCAAAGCAACUUAUGACCCUUAUGCUAAAUCAUCAUCAUCUUUUGUACUUUCUUCUUGGAAUGCUUCAACUUCAACUCCAUGUUCUUGGCAAGGCAUUUCUUGUUCUCCUCAACAAAGAGUUAUUUCUGUUUCUAUUCCAAAUACAUUCCUCAAUCUUUCUUCUUUUCCCUUUGAGCUUUUUUCACUUUCAUCUCUUCAGCUUCUCAAUCUUUCUUCUACUAAUAUAUCUGGCUCAAUACCUUCAUCUUUUGGUUUGUUUACACAUCUUAGGCUUCUUGAUCUUUCUUCUAACUCUCUUUCAGGACCUGUUCCUUCAGAACUUGGUGGACUUACCUCACUUCAGUUCCUUUUCUUGAAUUCAAACAGAUUGAGUGGAAGAAUCCCAUAUCAACUUGCUAAUCUUUCUUCACUAGAAAUCCUGUGUCUUCAAGAUAAUCUCCUUAACGGGUCGAUUCCGAAAGAUUUAGGCUCAUUGGUAUCACUCCAACAGUUCAGGAUUGGAGGGAAUCUAGAGUUGAGUGGUGAAAUACCUGCAGAGCUAGGAAUGCUCACCAAUCUUACGACGUUUGGUGUCGCGGCUACUGGACUUUCAGGGGUUAUUCCACAUACAUUUGGUAAUUUGAUCAGUCUACAAACUCUGGCAGUGUAUGAUACUGAAGUGUUUGGUUCAAUACCACCUGAACUUGGGAUGUGUUCAGAGCUCAGGAACUUGUAUUUGCACAUGAAUAAGCUUACCGGUCCAAUCCCUCGUCAGUUGGGUAAGUUACAAAAGAUUACUAGCUUGCUUUUAUGGGGAAAUUCGCUUACUGGCCCUGUCCCGGCUGAGCUAUCGAAUUGUUCAUCCCUUGUGGUUCUUGAUGUCUCUGCAAAUGACUUGUCUGGCGAAAUUCCGGGUGAUUUAGGGAAGCUUGAAGUUCUUGAACAGCUUCACUUAUCUGAUAAUGCACUUAGUGGGGCUAUUCCAAUGCAGUUGAGUAAUUGUAGCAGCUUAACAGCUCUUCAGUUGGAUAAGAACCUAUUAUCCGGCACGAUUCCUGAGCAAGUUGGUGAGUUGAAGUACUUGCAGAUUUUCUUGUUGUGGGGGAAUUCGGUUUCAGGAACUAUCCCGGCUGCUUUCGGAAACUGUACUGAACUGUAUUCACUUGACCUCUCAAGAAACAAUCUCAGUGGUUCAAUACCUGAAGAGAUAUUCAGUUUGAAGAAGCUGAGUAGGUUGUUGCUUCUUGGGAAUUCGUUAACGGGAAGAUUGUCUCCGAGUGUGGCAAAAUGCCAGUCUCUGGUCAGGUUGAGGCUUGGCGAAAACCAGUUUUCUGGACCAAUACCUGAGGAGAUAGGACAGCUGCAGAAUCUUGUGUUUCUUGAUUUAUACAUGAACCAUUUCUCUGGUGAAUUGCCUUCUGAAAUUGCCAACAUUACGGUUCUUGAGCUGUUGGAUGUGCAUAACAAUUACCUAACCGGGGAAAUACCAUCAUCGCUGGGAGAGCUCGUGAAUUUAGAGCAGCUUGAUCUCAGCAAGAACAGCUUCACUGGUGAGAUUCCGUGGAGUUUUGGUAAUCUCAGUUACUUGAACAAACUUAUUCUUAGCAAUAAUCUGCUUACUGGUCCAAUUCCAAAGUCAUUUAGCAACCUGCAGAAGUUAACUCUACUUGAUUUGAGCUCCAAUAGUUUAUCUGGUGCAAUUUCACCUGAGAUUGGUUACAUGACAAGCUUAACAAUCAGUUUAGAUUUGAGCUCAAACCGAUUCACAGGUGAACUCCCUGAGACGUUAUCCGGAUUGACACUGUUGCAAUCUCUUGAUAUUUCUCAUAAUAUGUUGAGUGGAAGAAUCACAACUCUAAGCCUCUUAACCAGUCUCGCUACUCUAAAUGUAUCGUAUAAUAAUUUCUCAGGGCCUAUUCCUGUAACACCUUCCUUUAGAACUCUAACAUCAAACUCUUUUCUCGAGAACUCACUCCUUUGUGAAUCAAUUGAUGGCUUCACUUGUUCUGCACAUAUAACUAGAAGGAACGGAUUGAAGUCUGCAAAAACCAUAGCUUUGGCUGCAGUGAUUGUGACUUCUGCAUCCAUAACAGUCGUGGCAACGUGGUAUCUUGUGACAAGGAAGCAUAGAUAUGAAUUUGAGAAAUCACCUGGCAUGUCAGUCUCUGCAAUAGGGACAGAAGAUUUUUCCUAUCCGUGGACUUUCAUCCCUUUCCAGAAGCUCAAUUGCACCGUUGACAACAUCUUGGAUUGCUUGAAAGAUGAAAACAUUAUAGGGAAAGGCUGUGCGGGGGUUGUUUAUAGAGCAGAAAUGCCAAAUGGCGAGUUGAUUGCAGUGAAGAAGCUCUGGAAAACAAAGAAAGAUGAGGAACCAAUAGAUUCUUUCGCUGCUGAAAUUCAGAUUCUCGGUCACAUUAGGCAUCGAAACAUAGUGAAGCUCCUUGGAUAUUGUUCAAACAAGAGUGUUAAGCUUCUUCUCUACAACUACAUCUCAAAUGGUAAUCUUCAACAGCUCUUGCAAAGUAACAGGAACUUGGAUUGGGAAAUCAGGUACAAGAUUGCGGUUGGAUCAGCUCAAGGCCUUGCUUAUCUUCACCAUGACUGUGUGCCAGCAAUUCUUCAUAGAGAUGUCAAGUGCAACAACAUACUCCUCGACUCUAAAUUCGAGGCUUAUUUAGCAGAUUUUGGACUUGCAAAGCUGAUGAAUUCUCCAAAUUAUCAUCAAGCUAUGUCCAGAGUAGCAGGCUCUUAUGGCUAUAUAGCUCCAGAAUAUGGAUACACAGUAAAUAUAACAGAAAAGAGCGAUGUCUACAGUUAUGGAGUGGUGCUGCUGGAAAUAUUGAGUGGACGUAGUGCGAUUGAGCCUCAGAUUGGUGAUGGACAACACAUUGUCGAGUGGGUGAAGAAGAAGAUGGGAAGCUUUGAACCAGCUGUUACAAUUCUUGAUUUGAAGCUACAGAGUUUACCGGAUCAAAUGGUGCAAGAAAUGCUUCAAACACUUGGAAUAGCUAUGUUCUGUGUGAAUUCAUCACCCACUGAAAGGCCAACUAUGAAGGAAGUAGUGACACUUCUAAUGGAAGUGAAGAGCCCAACUGAAGAAUUUGGAAAAACUUCUCAGCCUUUAAUCAAUCAGUCAACUCAAAGUUGA